AUGCUGAAACGAGCAUGGAUAGAUUUAUCAUACACAUUCUCGACUUCCAUUCCGCCAGUCAUGGAUCGUGCUCCACCUCACAAUUCAACUUCCGACCCGCCACCUCCCGAUAGUACUAUGCCGAAACUGAAGUCAUAUAUGGAUGAUGCUCCACCUUCGCACAAUUCAUCUUCCGACUCGCCAGCUCCCGAUAUAAAGAAUUGGAGGCAAUACAAGUUCUUCUCGCCAAAUCAGCAACAUUUGGCCGAAAUUUCGUUCCUGGAUUGUGAUUACCGCUUGGCUAAGCCGACGUACAAAAUUAAGCUGGAUCAAAAGAGAAAUGGUACACGCAGUAUUUGGAUCAGAAAUGAUGGAGCAAACAAGAUUGUCGUCAAGAUUGAGGUGCAUAAAUACGAAGGCAAAACAACAACAACGCAACAAGAAAAAUCCAUUGACCCUGUUGUUUGGAAGGUACACACGAACUCAGAGCCAAUCCCGCCCAACGAGGAGAGGGAAAUUACCCUGGAGUGUUUGAAUUGGAAAGACGAGAAACGACAGCAAGAGGCGGAGUUUAAAAUGACCGUUCAAGAUGUUUCCUCAUCAAUUGUUUCGGAACGUCAAAUCCUAGCCGUUAAAGUUGAUAAAAGUGGCAAGCACAAGAAGACAGCAUCUCACGCAGCUCCUGCUGGUCCUUCCAACUCUUCUCGUUUUAUGCCAGAAAGUAGCUUUCAACUGCCGGAGUCGUCAAUGAAGACUAGCCAGUCACUUUUCUCAACGAUGAGCAGUGACGUUGCAGUGACGUCUUCGACAUCGCAGCCUGAGGGUGAAACCAGUGGAUCAAAAGAGCAAAGCAGCAACCCAUCAACGACUCCGCAGCUCUCUGAGUUCGAGAAGGAUCUAGACCUCAGCGCCCUUUGCAACUACGACCUCGGCUUCUUGGUAGUUCAGAGCGAAAUGGACGAGAUUCUCCACUCUGAUCCCGGCCUCAACCAAGAAUUGAACACGAAGGUCGGAAUGCAAGAUAUCGGAAGCAAUUUGGAACCUGUUUCGGCCGCUGCCAACACCACCUCCAGCGAGUACUUCCUUGACGGCUCAUCCGGCUUCCCAAUCCUCAGUCCCGAGCCCGUGAUCCCCCCCGAUAUCUUAGAUUUGGCCCUUCUUGAAGCAAAGUUCGUGAACCCGGACCCCACUCAGCGCCUCACGGAACUCGGAAACAAUUUGGAGCUUGAUCCGCUGACCGACGAGGGCGAGCCCAAGCCCAAGAAGUCCAAGGAGCAA